CGCCGCCAUCCCUCCGCGCGUAACAGACCCUGCCCAGAUCCCCCUCCCCCAGGAGCUCAGGUUCUUCGGGCGAGCCUCGCUGGGCGGGCAGGGGAGGGGCUGAGGUCCGGCCGAAGCUGCAGCUGGAGCUCGGGCAGCCUGAUUAUCACAUGACUCGACGGCGGCCGUAGCCGUGGCAGCAGGCUUGCGGGCUCCGCGGGCUGGCCUGGUGGGCUCAGUUCCGCUCACUUAAGAGUCGGGCGCAGCGGGCUGGGAAGGGACUUACUGCAGCUACGGCCGCCGGGCCGCUCCCGGAGUGCGCGGCGUACCCCGGCCCGGCCCGCCCGCUCCAUGCCUUUCCGUUGCGGAAGUGUAGCCGGGGGAGGCGGCGGCGGCUGGGAGCACGGGAGGCCAGGGCUCGGCCCCCUGCAGCGCUAGGCUCUGGGCGGCGCGGCGCGUCCGGGCGGCUCGGCUGCUAGAGUGCCCGGCACCCGCAGUAGCCUGUAUGCUCCGCGCUGCGCCUCGCCGGGCCCCAGCCACCUCCUGCCGCUCGCACUGCUGCUGCGGGGCGCCGGAGUAAUAUGCUCACUCGAGUGAAAUCUGCCGUGGCCAAUUUCAUGGGCGGCAUCAUGGCUGGCAGCUCAGGCUCCGAGCACAGCGGCGGCGGCUGCGGAGGCUCGGACCAGCCCCUGCGCUUCCCCUACGGGCGGCCGGAGUUCCUGGGGCUGUCUCAGGACGAGGUGGAGUGCAGCGCCGACCACAUCGCCCGCCCCAUCCUCAUCCUCAAGGAGACCCGGCGGCUGCCCUGGGCAACUGGCUACGCAGAGGUUAUCAAUGCCGGGAAGAGCACACACAAUGAGGACCAAGCCAGCUGCGAAGUGCUCACCGUGAAGAAGAAAGCAGGGACCGUUAUGUCCACCCCCAACAGGAACUCUUCCAAGAGACGCUCCUCCCUUCCCAACGGGGAGGGGCUGCAACUGAAGGAGAACUCGGAAUCAGAAGGCGUUUCCUGCCACUACUGGUCGCUGUUCGAUGGCCACGCAGGGUCCGGGGCCGCAGUGGUGGCGUCCCGCCUGCUGCAGCACCACGUCACGGAGCAGCUGCAGGCCAUCGUGGACAUCCUGAAGAACUCCGCCGUCCUCCCGCCCACCUGCCUGGGCGACGAGCCCGAGAACACGCCCGCCGGCGGCCGCACUCUGACCCGGGCCGCCUCGCUCCGUGGCGGGGUCGGGGCCCCCGGCUCCCCCAGCACCCCACCCACACGCUUCUUCACGGAGAAGAAGAUCGCACACGAGUGUCUGGUCAUUGGAGCUCUUGAGAGUGCGUUCAAGGAAAUGGACCUACAAAUAGAACGAGAGAGGAGCUCCUACAAUAUCUCUGGGGGCUGCACAGCCCUCAUUGUGAUCUGCCUCCUGGGGAAGCUGUACGUGGCGAAUGCUGGGGACAGCAGGGCCAUAAUCAUCAGAAAUGGAGAAAUCAUCCCCAUGUCUUCGGAAUUCACCCCCGAGACCGAGCGCCAGCGACUUCAGUACCUGGCAUUCAUGCAGCCUCACUUGCUGGGAAAUGAAUUCACACAUUUGGAGUUUCCAAGGAGAGUGCAGAGGAAGGAACUUGGAAAGAAGAUGCUCUACAGGGACUUUAAUAUGACAGGCUGGGCAUACAAAACCAUUGAGGAUGAUGACUUGAAGUUUCCCCUUAUAUACGGAGAAGGCAAGAAGGCCCGGGUAAUGGCGACAAUCGGAGUGACCAGGGGCCUGGGGGACCACGACCUGAAGGUGCACGACUCCAACAUCUACAUAAAGCCAUUCCUGUCUGCAGCUCCAGAGGUAAGAGUCUACGAUCUCUCCAGAUACGAGCAUGGAGCAGAUGACGUGCUGAUCCUGGCAACUGAUGGACUGUGGGAUGUUUUAUCAAACGAAGAAGUGGCAGAAGCAAUCACUCAAUUUCUUCCUAACUGUGACCCAGAUGACCCUCACAGGUACACACUGGCCGCUCAGGACCUGGUGAUGCGUGCCCGUGGCGUCCUAAAGGACAGAGGAUGGCGGAUAUCUAAUGACCGACUGGGCUCAGGAGACGACAUUUCCGUAUACGUCAUUCCUUUAAUACAUGGGAACAAACUAUCAUGAAAACGACUCAGGGGACCGGAAGAUCAGAAGGAAGGAAGCCGGAUGCCUCUUAGCAGGGCAGGGCUGGGAAGUGCCCCGGAGUAGUUCCACGUGAUGCCACCUCUUCCCAGCCCAGACGGGGAGUUUGUUCCUGAGAGGCCUCCGGCUGUGCUCCAAGAGGAUCCUUAGGCUUCAGUUUCCUCUUUAGUAACAGGUUUGGAUGCUCAGCACAGGCAAAACAUAAAGGCUGCUGCUGAGUAUUGUUUCCUCUGGUUCCUUUAUCAGGCCUCCUAGGUGGCCAUUGCCUGUUUUGUGCACACACGUCAUAUUUAUUUAUCUGGAGUGCCAGGGCGGCCACUUUCAGGUGUAACUGGCAGGAGACGCUUCAGCCAGUCAAGCUGCCCAUUUCUCUACGGGUUAAAAGUGCUGCGUUGAAAGUUGGGGACCACGCCUCAGAGAGUGUGAAGGUCCAUCUUCUAGUCAGCCUGAGGUUUAUUUCAGGGAAUGCUAUCUGUGUGUGUCUCUGUCAGUCUCUCUCUAGUCUUUCAUGGUAAUAAUGAUGGGGUGAGGCAGGGACUUUUGUCUUUUAAGUCCUUGAAUCUUAACUGUCCCAUAGAACAGGCCUGGGACUUUCCGACUCCUUGCCGAGGAAUUUGUGUGUCAAAGUCCAAGCCCGGCUGUCGCCACGUCCUGUGGCCGGCACCACCCAGGCGGCCCUCUGGAGCGCUGCCCUGGCCCACAGAGAGCUGUCUGUUGUGUAAUGAUUUGUUCCUGAGUUGAAUUUUCUCACUAAAUCAGUGUUUUCGUGAAAUCUGGGGUAUUUCUUUGGACCAGCAGUUCCUCUGUUGUCUUCCAGGGAGCCCCUGGUGUGGCUUGAGGUUUCUACUUGUUUCUGAAUCUGAGUUUUCAUUUCUGGGAUUGAUUGCUUCCAACUCCCAACCCAUCCCCCACUGUGCCAUGAGGACACAUGUGAAGCAGUGUUUAACAGACGUGUAGGGAGUCCCUGUAGCAGUCAGUUCACCAGACCUCAUUUCAGGGCCGGUUCUCUGUUUUGGGGUCCAGGUUCCAUGGGCCGCAGCAGUCCCCAAGCCCACUCCAAACAAUGUAUAACGAUCAGAUUCUGUCAGGGAACAGCAGGCCUACUCUCCCCGUCAUCUUUGGACAAGGCUCACCCAGACUGAGUUGGAUAACACAGAAUUGAAAUUGGGUUGACUGGUCAUUCUCAUGCUGUACACCUGCUCUUUCUGCACAGAAUCACGUUCCAGCCACCCAACCACUGAGACCCCUAUUCCCACUGUCACACGCCUCUAAAUGUUCCUCACGGAGCAUCAGCCAAAGCAGUGGACAGAUCUGCCUGCUGCUUCUGUCCCAGGAGGGAUGGUCAAAUAGAUUUUUAGAAACCGCAUCUAUCUCUGAGACUGCUUCUCUGAACUGAGGGACCUUGUAAAGAAAUACCCAAUUACUGAGUCUUCUCAGAGAGCUCCUGCAGUAUGCUGACCAUCUUGACAACUUUUUGUAAUUAAAACGUUCAGUAGAGAAAAAGUCAUUGGUGCGACUCCCCCAAAACGUUGGAGAGCCAAUUCCAGUUCUCAUGUUUGAUUGAAUCCCUUCCCCACAGGACAGGACAGGACAAGACAGGACCAGACCCUUUCCUCUGGGAUCAUUAAUCAAUCACCGGCGUUCCUGGAAUUACAGAGUUUUCUGAGGAAUGGCCUGGGGCUUUCCCAGUCUGUGUCCAUCCCACAGGAUGGAACCAGUGCCCAGUCUGUCAGGGAAGUACAGAGGGAAUUCACGCACCAGGUGGUUGCCAAAAUAUUGCCUGGAAAGAACUGGACUACAGCUUUGUCAGGAGUCCUCUUCAUGUCACAGCUUCCCUUGUCCCCCAGGAAAUCUUAGCUAUGCUAAACACGUCUGUGGGGAGGAGGCUGUGGCAAACAGCUUCUCUGGCAGAAUAUUACACUAUGGAAAACAUGCAGGCACCCUACAGCGGUGUGGUCCAUUUCUGUUCCUGCCUGACUCGCAACGCCGCAUACAAACUGGAAACCUGAGCUUUUCCUCGGAGGACUCAGAGCCACCAGCAUUAGGAAGCAGUAACUUCUUCCCCACAUUUCCAUUGCCUUUUGUUUUUUCCUCUCCUAGGCUUUUAUGUAGGCUCUGUCUUGAGUUUCUCCAGUUUUAGUUGAGCCGUGAGAGUUAGGUAUAGAUGUAUAGAUGUCGUAACACCUUCUACCAAGGCACCUUCUCUCAGGAAAAACUCUGGAACCCCCUUAUUCAAUUCAUCUUAAAGUCUUGAGCAUUUGGUCCUUUGGUUUUAUUUAGAAAGGCACUUUGGAAUUCUUUUCAUAGCCCCCUUGGGUGGAAAGAUGUCAGUAGCAAGCUGAAGCCUUGAUUCUGUUUGGGGGAUGGGAGGCAAACCACAAAUGAGGUGAGUAAAUCAUAUGUGGGGAAAAUGAUUUGUUAAUACUCAGAAAAUCUGCCCAGUACUGAUAUUGCUCUGUGAAUUGAGCUUACUAGGUUUCGGCUUUGUUUUUCUGAGGCUCCUUUUCAUCCCAUCCUGGAGCCGUAACUGUGUCUAUAUAACAGGUAGGCCCCUGGAGCGUUUCUGGAAAGGUCAAAAGGCAACACGCUCAAAAUUCUGCAGAACAUAUUUAUAUGUGGUUCUGAAAUCUUGUGUAUCUGAGUUAUAGCCACAUCUGUUUGCCUUCAUAGCCUCAGAGGAAGUCUCAUUUAAUAAAAAGUGUUCGAUUUCCUAGUCAGGUCUUUAUGGUUGUCUUGGGGUAUGUGCAAGCCACUUCGUUUAAUGAAAGACUCUCUCACUUCUAAAUCUCGCUGGGCUGGCCACUGCCCUUUAGAAUAGUUGCUGAUACUCUCUCACUUAAACAGAGCAAACUUCCACCCUAUCCACACUACAGCAUUUUCCCCGGUAGCAACCAAGCCUUUGUGGUCAGAACACCUGAACUCAGAGCAGUGCCACCCGUCAGAGAUGACAUGGAGAUGUUCUCUGGGGUUGUGCUUACAUAGCUGCUGUUCUUGGGGCAAAAAGGGAGGGCUGGGAAUCAGGUGAGGCCAGGUACUCAGCUGGCUAACAGGAUGGAGCCAAAAACAGUAGGGGUUUCAGUUCUCCACAUUAUUCCACUUUGGGAAAUUGAGGGUGUUUAACUUUUAAAUCUCCAGCAACUUAUCUCCUUGGGGCUGCAUGAAGUUAUUAAGUGUGCUUGCUCUCUUCUCACUCAUCUCAUCAUUCAUUUACUUUUUGGGAGACCUGUUGGUGGGCAAGGAUGAGAGUCCCAGGACCCAGAUUUGGCCUCAGACCUUGGCCAUACAGGUAGGGUUUUUGGUUUACCAACAGGACUAGCAUGGAAACAGAGAAACCACCCACAUCUUUAAAAUGCUGAUUCUCCUCUUGCUCUCACCUCUGUUCUCAUCCGCUGAUCAACUUGAUUUACAAGACCACGAGGGGUCAGUGGUUUUCUUUCCACCACAGUUUGAGGAUCUAACCUUCCUUAAAUGACCCAGUGGCAGCAGCGCCACUCUUUUCAGAGUGAAUCUGUUAAGUUUUUAUGAGAUUCUAUUUUAAGUAAGUUAGUGCUUCUGGGACACUUGGAGAAAGCAGUGAGAGUAACUGUCUAUGCAAAGAACAACCAGGCUGACCCAAAAAGUUACCAGAUCUAAGAAAAAAGUAAAAAUCAUCUGUUAGGAACUUGGGUUUUUGGAGGAAUUACGGUUGCAGUUUCGCAGCCUGCACACCAUGGCCACCUUGCUGAGGAAAUUGUAGUUCUGUGUGGGUGACCGAGUCUGCACUGGGUUUUUCAGAAGACACCACCCGAUCUGCCUGAUUUGCCUCCUACCUGAGCGCUGCUGGCAGCUCUGUCAGAUCUGGGUGCCAGUCUGGGGAGUACUGCACUUUCUAUUCUGUGACUUCAUCUGUGUAAAUAGCUUUAAUUUUUCCUUUGUGUCUUAAAGUUUUGUUCAUGUAGAGACCAGGCAGACAUCCACCAAACGAAGCUGUGUAUGUGGUGUCGUUUUCUACUGUGGUGUACUUGAACGAGAACCUCGUGCCCUCCGUUCUUCUGAUCUCCCAUAGUACUUUGUGUCUGGGAGUCCUGAGGUUACUCCUUUUCUCCUGUUUUGCCUCCAUUUUCCUGGUCUCUUCUGAAGGCCCAGGGAGGCUCACAGUGGAGAUCUUGUGUAACGGAUGUAUGAUAAGGUCUGGGUUUCCAGAAAAAUCCCAUGUGCAGUGAAUGAGAGGAAUCUGCCUGCAAAUGGCUUCAGAACCAUGGACCUUUACACUUCGUGAUUGUGAAACCUGGACUUUGUAGCCCCAAAGUGAAAACUGUUUAGUAAUGGGGAUCUAUUUUGUGUGUUUCGAAACUUAGGUGCAGUGUUCCCUGGAAAAAGCUAAAGAAAUGUACAUGCUUAAUGACAUUUUAAAAUAAAAUAUUAUAUAUAUAUGUAUAUAGAACCCCUUCAGCAAAGCUUUUUUGUGUCAUUUCUUUAAUUCACUAUGAAAUGUCUUCACAUUAGGUCACGGGAUGAUGUGAGAGUGUCCUGGCCUAGUGUGGCGUUGCCAACUGUAAACAGACCCAAAAGCUAAUCAAAAAGGGAUGGAUGGCACCGAUGGUAACCUUCACAGGAAUAGCAGUAAAGCCUACACAUUUCAACAGUGCCGUUAGAAGAACGGCUAUGGAUACUACUCCAAGGGGUAUUCUUUUUUAUAUUACCGAGUAUAAUUGACAUACAUUAUUAUAUUAGUCUCAGGUAUACGGCUUAAUGAUUUGAUACUUGUAAUGUCACCACAGUAAGUCCAGUUACUAUCUAUCACCAUACAGAGUUACAGGAUUUUUCCCCUCACGAUGAGAACUUUAUGAAGUUCUGCCCUCUUAGCAACAUUCAGGUAUGCAACACAGUUUUUGGUAUCGCUAACUGUAUAUCAAACUACAAUCACCAUGCUGGACGUUGUAUCCCCAUGACUGACUUAUUUUGUAAGUGGAAGUUUGUACUUUUUGACUUACUCAGUUUGCCCAUCCCCCACCCCACCUCUGAUAACUACCAGUCUACUCUCUGUGUUUGAGGGGGUUUUUUUACAUAUUUUUUUAAUAUUCCAUAGCUAAGUGAGAUCAUAUGGUAUUUGUCUUUCUGUCUCAUUUCACUUAGCAUAGUGCCCUCAGGCCCAUCCGUGUUAUUACGAAUAGCAGUAUUUUAUUCUUUUUUAUGACUAAAUAAUAGAGGAACCUGGGGUUCCUGUGUG